GGGGGUGGGGAGCUGUCAUCUUUACCAACUUUUCUUGAGUCUGUAAAUUACUACGUUUUCAGUUCCUUUCUCUAGGUAUGUCUAUUUUGACUACAUCUUUGUUCCCUUCUUAACCCCACCACCCCCACAAAAACACCUCACUAUUUUCUUCAUCAUCAUCUUCAUGUCUAUUUUCAAGAAUUAAUUUUUUAAGACUUCCAACUUGACUGUAUAUGUGUUUGACAGUACAAGAUGUUCGACUGUGGUUCCAAGUCCCAAUAUGUUGGGGGGCAGCGAGAGAAGUUUGUAAGGUUGGAUGACUUGGAUUCCAGACUAUCCUCUCCUUCUGCAUCACUUACAACAAAUACAUGUGGCUUCAACAUUGAGGGCUUAAAACGUUCAAGCCAUGCGACUAGCAGUCCGUCGAGGUCUUUUAAGAGAGGAGUGAAAAAAGGAUCCGAAGGACUUAAAUCAAUUGGUCGAUCACUGGGAUUUGGCGUCUCCCGGGCUGUAUUUCCUGAAGAUCUGAAAGUUUCAGAGAAGAAGAUUUUUGACCCUCAAGAUAAAUUCCUUCUGUUAUGGAACAAACUGUUUGUUGUAUCAUGUAUUCUAGCCGUGUCUGUGGAUCCACUGUUUUUCUACCUUCCAGUUUUUGAUAACAAGUCAAAUUGCCUUCAGAUUGAUAGGAAGCUAGCUGUCAUAGCCACUACCCUACGUACAGUGAUUGAUGCUUUCUAUCUUAUUCACAUGGCUCUUCAGUUUCGCACAGCUUAUAUUGCGCCGUCAUCUCGAGUUUUUGGACGGGGUGAACUUGUGAUAGAUCCUGCACAGAUAGCUAAAAGAUACUUGCGAUUCUACUUUAUCAUUGAUUUUCUUGCCGUGCUUCCCUUGCCGCAGAUUGUGGUGUGGAGAUUCCUGAAGAGCUCAACAGGUUCUGAUGUCUUCACUACAAAGCAAGCUUUGCUUUACAUCAUCUUGCUUCAGUACAUCCCCAGAUUUGCCAGAGUAAUACCUUUAACUUCGGAAUUGAAAAGAACUACUGGUGUCUUUGCUGAAACUGCAUGGGCUGGUGCUGCGUCCUAUUUGCUAUUGUACAUGCUUGCUAGUCAUAUAGUUGGGUCCUUUUGGUACUUGCUAGCUGUGGAACGCUAUGAUACAUGCUGGCAGGAAGCUUGUAAACACAAUGCAACGUGCAACACUGAUUUCUUGUACUGUGGGAAUCAGUACAUGACGGGUUAUAAUAGUUGGAGCAGCAUAAGUGACUCAGUUUUAAACAAUGCUUGCCCUGCAGAUAGUGACAACUCACCAUUUGAUUUUGGGAUUUUUGAUCAGGCUUUAUCGUCUGGCAUCAUUUAUUCCAUGAAAUUCGUGGUUAAAUAUUGUUAUUGUCUGUGGUGGGGGCUGCAGAACUUAAGUACCCUCGGACAGGGACUUCAAACUAGCACAUAUCCCGGGGAGUCUAUUUUCUCUAUAGGAUUGGCUAUACUUGGGCUCAUUCUCUUUGCAUUAUUGAUUGGUAACAUGCAGACGUAUCUACAAUCUCUUACUAUUCGACUAGAAGAGAUGAGAGUUAAAAGGCGUGACUCAGAACAGUGGAUGCAUCAUCGAUUACUCCCACAAGAUCUCCGAGAACGGGUUAGGCGCUAUGAUCAGUAUAAGUGGCAGGAAACACGGGGAGUGGAUGAAGAGAAUAUAGUCCAGAGCUUGCCCAAGGAUCUUAGGAGGGAUAUCAAGCGUCAUCUUUGUCUGGCUUUAGUGAAGAGGGUUCCUCUAUUUGAGAAUAUGGAUGAAAGGUUACUUGAUGCUAUUUGCGAGCGUCUGAAACCAUGUUUAUAUAUCGAGAACACUCACAUUGUUCGAGAAGGAGAUCCAGUGGAUGAAAUGCUCUUCAUCAUUCGCGGCCGCCUUGAGAGUGUGACAACUGAUGGUGGGAGAAGUGGUUUCUUCAACCGCAGUUUGUUGAAAGACAGCGACUUUUGUGGAGAGGAACUUCUAACCUGGGCACUGGAUCCGAAAUCCGGCUCUAACCUCCCAUCUUCCACUCGUACAGUGAAAGCUCUGACAGAAGUGGAGGCUUUCGCUCUUACAGCAGAUGAGCUGAAAUUCGUUGCCAGUCAGUUCAGACGUCUUCACAGUAGGCAGGUUCAGCACACAUUCCGUUUCUACUCACAACAAUGGCGGACUUGGGGUGCUUGCUUUAUCCAAGCAGCGUGGAGGCGGUACACCAAGAGAAAACUUAUGGAACUCCAACGGAAGGAAGAAGAAGAAGCUGAGGCAUUAGCUGCAGGUAGUGGCAGUUCUGGUGGCCCUACUUACAGUAUCCGUGCAACCUUCUUGGCAUCGAAGUUUGCAGCAAAUGCCCUACGAGGCGUUCAUAGGAAUCGGAAUCUCAAGAGUGCUAGGGAGCUGGUGAAGCUACAGAAGCCUCCAGAACCAGAUUUUAGUGCAGAUGCAGAUUGAUUUUGUUAUUGCAUAUAUGCUCAUUUUGAUUUUGGUGAGUUUGCAAAGAGGCUUUAAUGUAUAAUUUUAUGAUUUACUGCAAGAAUAUUUGUGUAAUUAAAUAUGGUUAGUAUGACCCUCUAAUUCAAAUCUUUAUUGAAUUAUAGCUAUUUAUAUGAAAAA